AUGUCGUCCAGCAUCGAAAAAGCACCCCCCGCAGAACCCGCCCUAGAGCUCAGCACGGAGAAGGAACCUCCCCCGCCAGCAUGCGCUCCAGCACGCCAGAAGUGGUACCAAUGGUUCGCGCCGACGGAUACGCCCGCGGAGCGCCGGCUGAUCCUGAAACUGGACGGGCUCAUCGUCGUCUUCGUGUUUCUGGCGUACUGGGCGAAGGUGCUUGAUUCCUCGGCGACGAGUACGGCGUAUGUGAGCGGGAUGAAGGAGGAUUUGCAGCUGCUUGGGAACCAGCUGAAUUAUCUCAAUACGGUGUAUAUGGUGGGCUUCAUUACGAUGCAGAUACCGCUCACGUUGCUGAUGACCCGAUGUCCCGUCAACUAUUUCCUCCCCGCCGCGGACCUCCUCUGGGGUGUCUUCACCUUGGCGCAGUACAAGGCGAGCAGCGUCACGCAGCUCUACGCCUUGCGCUUCUUUGUCGGAGCGCUGGGCGGCUUCUUCUUCCCGGCUGUGCAGUGGUACCUCGGCAGCUGGUAUAAGCGGUCCGAGCUGGGCCGUCGCGGGGCCAUAUUCUUCAUUGCGAGCCAGGUCGGGAGCAUGAGCUCGGGGUACAUCCAGGCUGGCGCAUACGCGCGGCUGGAUGGGCGGUACGGGAUUGAAGGCUGGAGGUGGCUGUACAUCAUCUGCUUUGCGUGCACCAUCCCCAUCGCAUUCCUGGGUCUCUGUUUGCUCCCGAGCACGCCGGAGAAAUGCAACUCGCGGUUCCUCAGCGACGAGGAGAUCCAGCUGGCGCGGGAGCGCAUGGCCGCCGAGCACCGCGAACCGCGCCAGCCCUUCACGAAGCAGCGGAUCAUGACGAUCCUCCAGAGCUGGCGGAUCUGGGUGCUGGUCGGCUUCGCGUUCUUCUUCUCGCAGGCGGACGGCGUCUCCUCCAACAGCGGCCUGCCCAUCUGGCUGAAAGAAGAAAACUACUCCGUGGAGGCCAUCAACACCAUCACCACCGUGUCGCCCGCCGUGACCAUCGUCUCCUCCGUCCUCUGCGGCAUCCUCUCCGACGCAUACGACGCAAAGGUGGCCCUGAUCGCGACCACGGCGCUGCUGAACAUCUUCGCCUGCGUAGUGCUCGCCAUCUGGAACGUACCAACGGGACUGAAGUUCUCUGCGUUUUUCCUGUCCGGCACGGCCGACGGCAUCGCUGCCAUCAUCUAUGCCUGGGCAAAUGAGAUCUGCGCCCACAGCGCAGAGGAGCGCGCCAUCGUGAUCAGCUGCAUGAAUACCAUCGGCAACACGUUCGGGGCUUGGCUGCCUCUCUUCGUGUGGAAGACCGUCGAUGCACCGAGGUAUUUGAUCGGGUAUAACUGGACGAUUGCUCUUGACGUCUGUAUGCUAGGGAUGUUGGUUGUCUUGCGGCAUUUCUGGAAUCGCGAGAAAAAACUGGGUCGAGGGCCUGCUGGGGGGGUAUGA